AUGGCGUCGUCACGGGUGAUGGCGUCGUCGUCGUCGGCAGGUUCAGAUGUGGCGCGCCAUUCCAGCUUAUAUUCCGUCGGACGCCUGGCGGAGCUGAGCGGGGGUCGGCGCGGGAGCAACGCUGGAUCUACGAACAUGGAGGAUCUGCUGCGAAAUUUUUACGCGGAGAGCCCUGCCCGAGGUGCCGCCAUGGGAGAUGAGAACUCGCCCUAUGUCGGUGGUGCGAGGUCACUGGAGGACGGCGCCGGGGGGGGUGGAAGUGAAAGGGAGGUGCCCCUGUCUCAACAGGAAAGGCUCUCGGCGCCCAGGGUCGCAGAUAGGAGGACGACGGAGGAGGUUUGGGAACAGAUUUCUAGAGACCGGAAGGCUGACGUUGGAGCGGAGGGGAUUUACAAGGAGGAAUUCGAGGAGAUAACGCUCGAGGACUUCUUAGCGCGUGCUGGGCCGGAGACGGAGGAUGACUCACCAUCUGCCCCGGUGUUCAUGCAGCCGCAAGUGGAGGGGCCCAUGGUCCGGUUUGCGGCUGACGCCUCCACGGGAGAUCGAUACCCCCAAAAUAAUCAACAGCUACUCCUGGUGGAUGGAUCAUUUGCAAGGUUUGGAAAUGGAGCGGACAGCGGAGGUGGAGGGAGGGGAAAGAGGAAGCUGGUGGCGGAUCCCGUGGACAAGGCAUCGCAGCAGAGGCAGAAGAGAAUGAUAAAGAACAGGGAAUCGGCUGCAAGGUCGAGGGAGAGGAAACAGGUCUGUGUAUUAUCUUUGGCUUAAUUACUAGUCAGUUAAAUCAACUCUUUUCAAUAAGGUUUCACGAAUUCGUCCGUGAAGCAAUCUUCGAUAUGUAAAUUUAUUGUUCCUGCUUUUGUAUUUUUCUGGGUAAUUUGUAGGCUUAUAUUCAGCAACUUGAAACGUUAGCAGCAAGGCUUGAGGAGGAAAACGCAACUAUGCGUGAAGAGCAGGUACCCUAUUCCGUCCCCACUAUGCGUUUAGAUUACCUUAGUCUAACGACAAAGGGUCAUACACUCAGCAUAGCAAUUCUCCCGAAAGAGAAUUAUCCUUGUAGUACCAAAAGAAUUAAGUUCAUGUUUGAUUGAAUCAAGAGAAGAAAAGAUCUAUUAGAUAUUUGUCAUCGAUCCUUUUGCAAAACAUUAUCCUCGUGAGAUUGAAUGAAUUUUUUCGAUUCUUUGGAAUGGUAAUUUCAUCCCUCAGAUGAUCUUCAUGAUGCAAAACCUGAGACAAACUUGAUGGAAUCAUUUUUCUAAUUCAAUUCCCCGAGCUUUUGUUCAUAGGCUGACAACAUUCAUUAUUCCUAGAAACAUGAUGGGAUUCUACUUCUAAGAAACUAAGGUUAUAUUGUUGGAAACAUUUUGGUGUCCACUGUGUGGUAACCAACAAACUGGGCCUUUAAUCAUUUAUGGGAAGAACUUCUUACAUUAUCAUUUCUUCAUUUUUUCGAAUGAAAGAAACUACUUCUAUAUUUAUAUUAUUAGCCUUCACAAUCAGUCUUAGUUUGGAUAAGCACUUUGGACUGUUUAUUUUCCUGUCUUUCUUCUAAUGCCUUUUUGGGAUUGAGCUGAUGUGAUUGUGAAACUGCAGGUGGAGCAGAAAAAGGCAAGGUUUAAACAAGUAAGUUUACCUUCCUGAUUAUUAUUUAUUUACGUGAUUUUUGUGGUAAAAAUCCAUGAUUUUAUGACUUUGGUUUUUCCUAUGUUCAUGAAAGCAUGCAUGUAUUCUUCUUUAAAUUAUUUCAUUGACCUGUUAAAUUAAGUAAGUUGUUAUUUUAUCUUUUGCUUUCUAGGUAGGUUAUUUUUACUUAUUUAUUGUGUUGUGGUUUAUUGUUUCUGGUGUAUCAGUGAUUUAUAUCUCUGAUUACGAGGAUAGAUACUUUGGAAUUAACAUACGUGGAUCUUUAUGGGUCUGGAAUUUGGUCGGAGGGCAUAUCUAGCCCCUAGUUCUUUCCGUGCAUGUUAUUUGACUAAAUCAAGAUCAUGAAAGGAGCAGCAUCAUGUGUAUAAUCACAGGUUAACCAUAUGACUAAAGAUCAUAGAGCAGUGAAUCCUUAGAUCCUUACCAAGUACAUUUAUCUUACAGCUGAGAAAACUUUUCCCCGGCUAGAAUGUUUCUGUGGUGUUCUUUAAUGGCCUCAUCCUUCCUUGGAUCUGGGAGAAGAUUUCACUGAGUUUGACUGGUUUUGUGAUCCUCUCUAUGUUAGUUGUGGCUGAUGAAUUUUACUGAAUUACUUGUAUAGUCUCUUUAUUUCUCAAAUAAUUGUAUGAUCACAUCGGGUUUCUUUAUUUUCUUUCCAAAACGAGAUAACUUGAUUUCCUGAUUCUCCAAGUCUGAAUUGAUGUUCUCAUCAUGUCUGACCGACUUCUAUGAACUGGGUUUCUCUGUAGCUCAUGGAGAAUCUGAUCCCCGUGGUGGAGAAGGAGAGGCCGCCGCCGCCCCGGCUGAGGAGGACCUGCUCCGCGCAGUGGUGA